AUGGACCAAUACGUCGAUUUCUGGAACCUUAUGGCGUACGAUUAUGUCUGGUCUGGGAGUCCACAGACAGGCCACCAAGCAAACCUUUUCCCUGCGAACGAUAGCUCGACGCCAUUUGAUACACUAACUGCUGUCAACUAUUACAUUUCCAAAGGCGUUGCGCCGCAAAAUAUAGUACUUGGUAUUCCUAUAUAUGGCCGUGCUUUUGAUUCAACUGCCGGUGCUGGAUCACCAUUCGUUGGCGUUGGCCCAGGAACCUGGGAGCUAGGCAUUUAUGAUUUCAAAGAAUUGCCUUUAAUAGGGGCCAAAGAGCAAUUUGACAGCAAGCUAGGAGUGAGCUAUAGCUAUGAUGCUACGAAGAGAGAGUUUAUUAGCUAUGAUAAUAUUGAAAUGGUAAAUCAAAAGGCUGCGUGGAUCCAGAAAAGUGGACUUGGUGGCGCCAUGUGGUGGGAGAGCAGCGCCGAUGCCUUGGGAAGCAAGAGCCUAAUUAGGAGUGUCUACUUAGCAUUAGGUGGUCAAGAUGGUUUAGGCCUUGAGAUGACCUCGAACAGACUUGCGUAUCUAGAUUCGACUUACGCCAACCUCAGAGCUGGAAUGCUUGACAGCGAGUCCGCUUCCGAAUCUACUUUUGAAUCUACCGUGUCUGCAGCUUCUUCAUCGACGACAACCGGCACUGUCACAUUGACAACUAUCAUCACUACACGCACCGUCACAGUCUUUAAAAGUCAGGCCAACUAA